AUGGAAUCGAAAGAAAAAAUCCUCGCUUGCUUGAACAUCCUUAAAAGGUUGCCUCCAACUCAGAUCUAGAAGAAUGCCGCAGCACUUGCCUCGCUGAUUCCAGAUUAUGCUGAAGAGUUAUACUAGAAAAUAGAUAAACCAUUAGGUAAUGAGAAUGAUGAAAAAUUAGAUAUUGGAUAAGAUGAGAAAGGGAAUCAAUUUAUAUAGUCUGAAUUCAAUAGAGAUGGAGAUUCAUUUAGAUCUCACGUUACAAAUUCAUAUUAUCCCCCUAUUGAUGAUGCAGUUUAUCCAUCUGAAGCAUUACGUAAAUUAGAACUCAAAGCCAAUGCUGUCUUCGAUGAAUACAGGAGAUUGUACUUAUUUAAUAUAUGUAAAGAUAUUAUGAAGGAGGAUUAUCUUCAUGUUACUUUUGGGAUAAAGAAGACGGUGGAUUUGCAACAGCUUGGUUGAUAAGGAAAAAUGUAGAAAAAACUAAGGGAAUUGAGGAUGGGUCUUGGAGUUCAAUUAAUGUGAUUGAUAUUAAGACAGAUGGGAAAUCUAAGUGGACUUACAAGAUAACUACAUCGGUUGUUUUGGAAAUGAAUAUCAUCUAAAAUCAAGAUGUUGGCAAAUUCAAUAUAACAGGCACAUUGACCAAAUAGGUAUUCAUGAAAAUUGAUAUUUUUUAGAAGGAAGAAUCUUUUGAGGCUCCAGCAGGUAAUAAGGAUUUAGAGUUGUUCCACAUUAUGAAAAUAGGCACCUUAGUUGAAGAUGUGGAGAGCUAUCUCCGUGCUUAAUUGGAUGGUGUUUAUUUCGGGAAAACCAAAGAUGUAAUGUUUUUAUUUAAACAUUUCAAUAGAUAGUAUUCUAAACACGUUUCCUAGAGGGAGAAAAGCAUUUCAUUUAAUAAAGAUUGGGAUUGGCAGGAGAAUUUAAAUAGAAAUAUGGAUGAUAU